GGGGUUACCACGGCAACGGCUUUGCGGCUCAGUCUGAAGGUAUCCGCUGCCGCCUCUUCUACACUUCAGGAAAACUUCAAGCGGAGGGAACCACUUAACAUGCAACAGGAAUUGAAUAUUACUCCAUUUUUUUUCUAGAUUUAGUCACAAACUACCAUGCAGAUCCAGCCAGGAGAUGAUCAGGUUGAGGAGAUGAGAGCUGAUGGACAGCUUUCAUCAGAGGAGGACACAGCUGGGCUCCAGACAUGCAAGUUGACUCAAAGGAAAUAUGUUGACGCCCUCCUGGACAUCAGUGAAGAGAUGAACCUAAGAGACCAAAAGCCAUAUGAGUAUUACUGUUACUCUGGUUGGGAAGAUGCUGUCUGCGGCUGGGCCAGAGCUGCUCCUCUAAGCUGCAUACUUAUGAGCCAAAAAAGUCAUAAGGAUGCUGAAGCUCUUAUCCCGUCAUCUGUUCACCAAACACCCUCUAGAGAAGAACGCUCGGCCAAUGUGGCAGAUCUACGUGACAAGUCUCAAGCAGGACUGUAUGGCUUAAAGAAAACUGUGAUAUUAUACCCACAUGCUGGUGAAGGAACUCACCCAAUAGAUGCAAGAAAAGUACUUUUUUUGAAUGCCCCUCAGAAAAAUCUGAAUUAUUUCUUUGCUAAAAAAAAGCUAGAAGAGGAAAGGAUCCUUCAAAAGGGAAGUUUAAGGCCUCACCGCUGGCCCUCCAAAUGCUUUGUCUUUGAGAAGAGGCCAGCUAAGCCUCGGCGGCACAACCAAAGACCCCAAAAUACAGCUAUUCCAAUUAGAAACUUCCCAUUUCUCCCCGCCAUCGAACCUCCACCUGUCAAUCAAAACGUUCAGUGUCGUGGUUGCAGAAACUUAAAUGUAUCAGAGAAACACAAUUUUUAUGACAAAAUGUUUGUGUUUGAUAAGAAUGAAACAACAGUGGCAAGAACAGACACUGUUACCAAGUCUGAACUUUACAAUGCAGCCUUGUUACCAAAGGACAACUCAAGACAGAAUGAUCCUUAUUUAUUCCCUGCUUUAAUUGGUUCCUUUCCAAAAAAGUAUCAAGUACCUGUCUGUCAGUCUUGACAAAUGUUACCUUAUUAUCUUUUUAAGGUCAAAAUUAUCCUACAAGCUCCUUCACUGUAACAGAAAUCUGUGAAAUAAAAUUGUUUAUAAGUCUUUACAUGUAUUAAAGACAAUUUUAGUGUUUUCUUGUUAACAUAACUUAGAACAUUUAAAAAAAUGUCUUGAUAAAUUGUUUCUUAGUUGUAAUAAUUUCCUGGCAAUAAACCUUUUGGUAUUACAAAGGCUAUUUCUUUUGUAAUAACCGUCGGAUUUGUAUUGAAUAUGCAUUUGUGGAAUGAGUUUAUGUGGGUUUGAACCUUUUGACAGUGUAAACCCAGUCUAAAAAUGCAGACAGUAGACCUGCUGUGAUUUUCUUGAACAGUCGUGUC